GUUUCUAGCCAGACUCCAUAUGCCUAUCUUGAGUAGAGUACUGUACUACACUGCCGAACUGCCCCUUUGCUCACCAGAGUCAGUAACUAGCUAGAGCGCUCCUUGCAUUGGCACUAUCUGCACAACCCCUAUAAAUUUGACCGCGCCGUGCAGAUUUUGACGCAGCGGUCUCGGUUCGUCUACCUAGAGAGGAUAUAGCUAGUAGUUGACAGCAGUGGUCAUGGCAUCGGUCGUGGUGGUUGGUGCCACGGUUGUCGCAAUGUGGCUUUUGGCCGGUGAGGCGCGAGGCCAGGCGCAGCUGCAGGUAGGGUUCUACGCGCACUCAUGCCCCCAGGCGGAGGUGAUCGUCAGGGACGAGGUCGGCAGGGCCGUCAGCGCCAACCCCGGCUUCGCCGCCGGGCUCCUCCGCCUCCACUUCCACGACUGCUUCGUCAAGGGCUGCGACGCGUCGGUGCUGCUGGACUCGACGGCCAACAGCACGGCGGAGAAGGACGCCCCGCCCAACAAGAGCCUGAGGGGGUUCGAGGUCAUCGACGCCGCCAAGCAGCGCCUGGAGGCCGCGUGCGCCGGGACCGUCUCCUGCGCCGACAUACUCGCCUUCGCCGCCCGAGACAGCGUCGUCCUGGUAACUACUCCGGUGACAACACUGCUUUUCCGAGCUCUUGCUUACACACCAACAAUGGCGACAAUGGCAGGCCGGCGGUGGCCCGUACAGCGUCCCGGCCGGGCGGAGGGACGGCAACGCCUCGGCGGCGUCCGACGCGCAGGCCAGCCUGCCCCCACCCACGGCGAACGUGGCCCACCUCACGGAGGCCUUCGCCAGGAAUGGGCUCUCCCAGGAGGACAUGGUCACGCUUUCAGGCGCGCACACGAUCGGCCUGACGCACUGCAGCUCCUUCAGCGCGCGGCUGCACGGGUACAACGCCACCACGGGCACGGGCCAGGACCCGGCCAUGGACGGCGCCAAGGCGGCGGAGCUGGCGCGGCAGUGCCCGCCGGGGAGCCCGGACGCCGUGCCCAUGGACGGCGGCAGCCCCGACGCGUUCGACACGGGCUACUUCCGCGCCCUGCUGGCCAACCACGGCGUCCUCGCCUCCGACCAGACGCUCACCUCCGACAACGCCACGGCCGCGCUCGUGGCGCAGAACGCCGGCAACGUCUACCUGUUCGUCACCCGCUUCGGCGACGCCAUGGUGAGGAUGGGCGGCAUCCGGGCGCUCACCGGCGGCGACGGACAGAUACGCACCAACUGCAGGGUCGUCAACUGAUAAACACUUGUUGCAGCGCCUCUACACACGUCACUCCUCCUAAUCUGUACUAUCUUUUUGUCCGGCUUUGCUUGCAAAAAUGGAAUGGAGUUAUACAUGGGACGAUUGAGUUUUGGACACGUACGUACAUUGCGUUGCGUGUGAGAGACGUGUGGUGUGCGAGAUCUUCUUUUCUCUAUCUCUUGAUAGGAACGAAAGAGUUUCCAAAAACUGUACGCAGGAGCUUUUGGCAAAGCGUGUGCCUGCUUUAGUUAUUCGACUGAUAGAUGGGUGAUGGAGGCGUGGAUCGGCCACGCUGUAGACGUGCUUUUGUCAUGUGUCGAGCAACCCUGGGCUGGGCGAUCUACCUAACAGCCUGGGUUACACUGAUUAGAAAUGAAGAAGAGACCUAACGACAAACCGGGCAAAGAUUCAGACUGUUUAGUGUUUGGUACUCAAGUCUUAACAUGACAAGCAAGUUGGUAACAACAAUUCUAGUUUGAGUUUCUGUCCUAAAUUAUAGCUGGAAAUGGCCACGAUGAAGGAAAGGCAAUCAUCAAUCAACCUUUGGAACGGAGCCGGCAAAGUGGGGAUCAGCACGAGACAUGGCUAAGGAAGAAGCUGCU